AUGUAUAUAGUUGCUUCGGGCAUCGAUCUUACUCGUCUACCGCCAUCAACAUCGCCUAUUCUUUUCGAACAAGACACUUUACCACCAGCUGGUAUUGAACAGGAGGCUUUUGUUCAGCAGGCUCGUACUGAUAUAACUCGUAUAAGUGAUUUAAUGAAAACAGUAUCAAGUAUUUAUAAUAUUGAACCAAUUAUUAUUGAAUUACUGAAAGAAGAUGCAGAAAAAUUGAAAACCAAUGAAGAAAUAUUUCAAGAAGCCUAUGAUGCACUAGAAAAACAAUAUAAAUAUACUGUAAUUGAAAAUGAAAGUAAUGAAGAAGAAGUUGAUGAAGAAGAAGAAGAAGCUGGUGUCGAAGAGGAAAGCGGCGAGGAUGACAACGAAGAAGAAGAAGAAAUAGUUGAUUUAUUUAAACGUGAUCGAAAAAAACAUCUUGGCGAUACAAAUAUCUAUGAUCCAGUCGCAUUAUACGAUAAAAAUAUGCUCAUACCCGGCAAACCCGAUUUUACUCUUUCAUAUAAAGCGAAAACAUAUCGAUUCGCCAAUGAAGAUAAUCGAAGUCUGUUUUUACAAGCACCACUGAAAUAUCUACCGACCAACAAACCACCAACGCUACCUUCUACGCGUAUCGUUUUUAUUGGACCUGAAGGUGUUGGUAAAAGUUUACAUGGACGUGAAUUAGCUAUUAAAUACAAUACAUUUCACAUCAAAUUUCGCGAUCGUCUACAAGAAUUACUUAUUGGUAAAACGAAAGUGAGAAUUGGACCAGAAUACAAUGAAGCACGAGAUGAUGGUGAUCCAGAAGAAGAAGAAGAUCAAAAAGCUGAAAAACCAGCCGAUGAAAGUGAAGAGUUAACAUCCGAAGAAGAAAAUAUCAAGGCAUAUUUACAAGAUGGUGAACCGUUAGCACCGGAAAUUCUUGAUAAAAUUGUUAAACCAUGGUGGACUGAAGAGCCGUAUCGUUCGCGUGGCAUUGUUCUCGAAGGUUUUCCAUCGUCAGAAGACGAAACUGUUUAUAUGAUUGAUAAUCAAUUAAUACCCGAUGUUGUUAUUCAAUUGAAUGCUGAAGGUAAAGAUAUAUUAAAACGAAUAUUGCCAAGACGUAUGGAACAAUGGCGAACAAAAAUGCAACUACGAAAAGAAAAACGACUGAAAAAUAAAGCGAAAAAAGAUCGUGAUAAGAAAAAAGCAAUGGAUGAACGACGAGUUGAAUUGGUUCUUGAACGUCAAAAACGUAUUGAAGCGGGUGAAACAGUUGAAGAUGAUGAAAUCGAACAGAUACUAGCCAGUGAAUUUCAGGGCGAUGAAGAAGAAGGUGAUGUAGCACAAGACGCAGAAGAUGCUGAAACAGCAAAGGGUCGCAUUGGUGAAAUGAUUGAACAACAAGCCAAUGAUGCCAAAGACAAAAUCGAAGGUGUUAAAAAAGUUAUUCAACAAGAAUAUAUUCCAUUUGCACACGUCAAUGCAUCAGAUAAACCGCGUUUUGUUCGAAAUCGUAUUAUGAAAAAAAUCGAACGGUUUACAACAUUAAGAAAGAAUUUAUUCGAACGUGUUUAUCCAAUAAAAGCUCAAUUAGCACAAAAAUUAAUCGAUGCUGGUUAUUUACAUUAUUCUAAAUUCGGAAAAUUCUGUCCUGUAUCUUUGCAUAACGGUGAUUGUUUUCCACCACCAUUUGGGCCUGAUAAAUCUCCUUGUACAGUUAUCUAUCGAAAAUAUAUUUAUUACUUAGCUGAUGAAGAAGCACGAAAUGAGUUCAUUAAAAAUCCGAUGUUUUACGCUCACCAAUCACCACCGAAAUCGCUCAUACCAGCUAAAAUUGCUAUCGUUGGUCCACCGAAAUCUGGCAAAACGACCGCUGCUAACCGUAUUGUUCAAGAAAUGGGAUGUGUUCGUAUCUCACUGGGUGACGCUAUUCGAUAUAUUUUGGAGAAACAACGUCAUACAAUUCUUGGUAAAGAAAUGCAAGAAGUACUUAUCAAAGGCAAAGAAAUACUACCGGAAACAGCUGUCCGCUGCUUGGAAGUUGCACUCAUGAAUGCAAAAUGUCAAACGAGAGGUUUUAUUCUGGAUGGUUUUCCUUUAACAAAGAAACAUGUUGAAUUACUUGUUGAAAAAGGAAUUAUUCCAUUUAAAUUAUUUGAAUUAGAAUGUGAUGUAACUGAAUGCACAAUACGAGCUAUGAAAGAUCGUAGUGAUUUAAAGCGUCCAUAUCCAUUACCUGAUAGUCCAGAAGCUAUUGCAUAUAAAAAUGCUACUUAUCAACAUGAAAUCAUGCCUGUACGUCAAUGGUAUACAGAAGUACAUAAAAAUUGGAUGGCUCUUAAUGCUAAAAGUAAUAAAUGGCUUAUUUGGGAUAGAAUACUAAACGAAACAGCGGCCGUAACGAAAAAAAUUCAAACUUACCUUGAAAGAAAAUCAUUCAAUAAGGCAGCUAGUAUUGCUGAUUUAUGUAUUUCACCACAAGAAUUAUCGAAUCGUUUGGGAGAAUAUGUACAUUAUUGUCCAGUAUCAUUAACACUAAGAGAUGAACUUGUUGAUUGUUCAGCUGAUACAAAAACUGAUUAUAUUGCGGAAUAUCGAGGACGAUAUUAUCGUAUGACUGGACCGAAAGAACUUGAACUGUUUCUGGAUGAUCCCGAACGUUAUGCACCACUUGAACCUCGAAAAUUACUUCCGCCACCAAAUCGUCGACCACAUCGUCGAACUGAAGCAGAAGCAAAAGCUAUGUUUCCAAAACCUAUUGAAUUUGCUGGCUAUUGUCCAGUUACAUAUCUUGAUGGUGGAAAAAAAUACGAAUGUUUGGUUCUUGGCCAGCAAGAAUUUGCUGUUGAAUAUCGUGAUAAAUUAUAUUUUCUAUUAAAUGAAGAAGCACGAGAAAAAUUUAUGAGACAACCAGAAAAAUAUUGGAAUAUUCGAUUACCAAAUAAACUUCCUCCACCAAAGAAUCCAAUUGAUCUAUUGAAUUUACCGUGCCUUGGCUAUUUAGAACAAACAGUAGCAACAGCAAUUAUUAAGAGUUUAACAGCUACAGGUUGUUUUAAACCGAAAUUUCCAUUUCUAUCUGUACAAGCAUCAGCAUUAACUUACAUGGCUUACCAUCUUAAAGCAUAUAACACCAAAAGUUCGGAUUAUCUACGAAGAAAAUUUCGAAGAAAAUUAUAUAUAUUCGAAGAACAAUGUGAAUUAAUUAGUUAUUUAGCUCAAAAAACAACAGUGCGUUAUAAAGAACCUCAAAAACGAUCACCGGACUAUAAUGUCAAAUAUGAAACAUUUUUUGCCUUACGACAUAACGUGCCUACAUUGAAUUGGUUAACAUAA